CACACUUUUUUGUACAAAAGGCUUGGAGUCGUUUGUCAAAAAGGCACUGGGCGAACAGGGUGCACUGAGAACGUAGGCACCAUGGCUUUCCGUGUGGCUGUGUUGGUCUUGAUGUUGGCAGUGGCUACUCAUGGUAGCGUGCUUAAAGAGGAGACUGUUGAUGGGGUCUUUGAACAGGCCGCUGCUGGGUCUAAGAAUAUGUUUGCCUCUCUGGACGACAGUGCAGGUUUCAUGGCCGGGUCCUGGUACAGCCAUUCCGGCAGCGGCUCCAACUUCCUCUGCCUGCCGGAGGACCCGGAGUGGCUGCAGUACGACGACGCCACCGACGGCGAGCGCGGGUUCGUCGCCGGAGCUGAGUACGAAACCGACGCCAACUCGCCCUUCGGCGUGCACGACCAGCACGACGCGCCGUGCGCCGUCUGUGCCAUCCCCCGGAGCACCACGAUCAUGAUCCCCGCCAAGAAGACCUGCCCUCCCGGCUGGACCAGCGAGUACUUCGGCUACCUCAUGGCGGAGAGGUACAACCACCGGCGGACCGACUUCGUCUGUGUGGACGUGGAGGCUCAGCACCUGGAGGCCGGGGCGAGUAACAACAACGGCGCCCUUCUGUACCAGGUGGAGGGACGGUGUAACUACAACCUCCACUGCCCCCCGUAUGUGAACGGUCGUGAGCUCACAUGUGUGGUGUGUUCCGCUGGUUUAAAGCCUGUUUAAAUACGACCUAGAGCUAGGCUGACUGAUUUUCAUGGCUAGUCUCUUUUGAACGAAUUGUUUCAGAUACGUCAAACAUCUUUCA